GUGUGAUCAUUUUCACGGUGGGUGGGGUUUAUGAGGUCGAAACCAGCUGGAUCAGUAGACAGUUUUUUAUUUAUUUAUUUUUUUAUUAUAGUUCUUCUACACGGAGCCGAGAGACUCGUUGACAAAGGGGACUCUAACUCAGCCUAAAGAUGCGGUUAUCCCUGACAGUGUCCGUGGUUUUAGCACUGGGAUUAAUCCUUCCUGAAAGGGUGUCGCUUUCUGGACCUCCAGAGGACUGGGAGGGAUCUGGAUAUGACCUGGAUGGUUCUGGUUCCGGAGAUGAUCCAGAACAAAAAGGGACCAACAACAAUCCUGACCCGGAUAUUGUACCAAACCCUGUAGAUGGAAACACAAAUUCUGCCAAAAGCUCGUCAGUGCUGAAUGUGGGGAGAUCACACAGGCAUGACGGAGACGCUGCAACAGAAUUGAUUGUUAUCUCAAACAACAACAGCUUACUGGAAAACAAGGAGAUCGUUGCAGUUGCCACUGCGGGGGGAGUAACUGGAGCAAUAAUAGGAGUUCUGCUAUCAGCGAUCCUGAUUUACAAAUGGAGGAAGAAACACAAAGAAGAACAUAUUAAGAACAAGGCUUCAAAUGAAGAAUACCACAAACCCACUCGGGAAGUAACUUUUAUUUAACUGUCACAUCCAGGUUGGAUUGAAAUCUUUAAAACACCACAGGGUGUCUCCGUCCUCCUGAUUGUGGAGAGCUGCUAUUAAUGAAUUUUCUCAAAGGAGAAAAUUAUCAAAAAUUAUUCACACCCUUUCACUUUCUCCUACAUUAACAGUUUUCAUUCUAAAAUAGUUUUUGAGUACUUAAGAGCCUAGAUUUUUACAUCCUUUCCCGGAUUUUUGCGUCAACACAAUCUCAGAGGUCUACUGACCUUUCUUUUGAAUUUGUUGGUUGAGUUCUGCUAUACGAAUUGUCAACCUUGAGACCUUUUUAUGCGAGAUUGUACAUUUCCAAAUCAUGUCCGACAUAUUAAAUUUAGCAGAGGUGAAGAUGCAUCGAGAUCAGUUACAAUAAUGUUAACAUUUUUAGAUUUUCUUUUUACAAAAACACCAUAAAACAUGUGAAUUAUUUUUGUGCAAAUUUUCCAUAAAAAAUAAAAUCUAUUUUGGGAUCAGACUGUAUUGUAGCAAAAUAAGUGGAAAAAGAAGGGGUGUGAAUACUUCCUGGGGGCACUGUAUCUGUUAAUAUAACGUUGUCUGUGAUAAAACAUGAUUAAAAUGUUUCAAGGACCUCAUUCUGGCUCUGUUUUAGAAAUAUCUAAUAUGUGUAUAGUUUUCAUUAGAAGUAUAAAGAUCAAUAACUGCUAAGCUAAGCUUUGACUAUUUAUCCUGGAUUUUGUCUGUUCUGUGUAAUCCUUUAUAUCGGUUUGAAAUGAGAUGCAAUGCACGAUUUGACUUAUCAGUCAGUAGCAAUUUCUAUUGUUUUUGUAGCACCAUAUAAAGCAUGAAGGAAAAAUGGUGGGACUUGUGGCAGCUUGUAUCUCUUUUUCAGAGCCUUUUAGGUUUUUACUACAUUAAAAUGUUGUUUGUGUUGUCACUGAGAUUCCUGAGAAAUAGUAAUACCUAGAUUUCUAGUGAAAUCUCAGUGCUCUUUUUGCACGUUCCAGAUGUUGGUUUUAUGUAUUUUUGUUUGCUUUCUUUCACUUACAAAAAUAAAAUUAUGGUGUCAUUAAAAGUCAGAACUAAUGGGUAGUUGUUUGAUUCUAUGCAUUUUACGUACAGUUGUGUAUGGGCUGAUCCGUGCUAAAAGGGCGGUGCAAAAAUGUUCACCAUUACCCUUUAUUUGGCUAAAUUGUACAAUAUAAGUUAAAAAGUCUUCAAUAUAACUGGAUUUUUAAUGUUUUAUAAGGUACUACUUCCUGUAUAAUGUCUCUCUUGGUGUGCAUGAUUUAAUUGAUGUGCCUUAAUAUAUUGCAUGAAAACUUAUAAGAAUUGACAAUUUGUGCAAUAUUAAAACUGUGUGAUCAUU